CCCAGUGCUGAAGCGCCUCAGCACCCAUCUUCGUCGGCCCAUAGAGCAGGCUCAAGUCCACCACUCGUCCAUUUUUUGUCACUCGGUGCUUGAUCAUAAGCUAUGCGUUAUAGCACUCUCUUCACCUUCCUCGCCCUUCCAGUCCUGUCGGUGGCUCAGCUCACCACCUCGGUUUUUAGCACCGUCUCUGUUAAUUCCAAUCGGCAAGAAACGACCAUCGUCUCCUCAACUGUCUUUUCCAUCGGCUCCGCAUCAUCCUCCCCAGCCGCAACAGGAAGUUCGGGCUCGUCAGGCAACUCCUCGGGUGGAAAUUCCACCUCAUCUACGCCCACGACGUUACCCACCGCCGCAUCAACUGUUGCAGGUGCUAAUGGCGACGGUCCCAACGGGGGCGCACCGAGCCCCGGUGCAUCUGGCGCUGGUGGCAUCUAUGGCCCGCCCGAUGGCUACAUAGCCGGCGCGAGCACUCUCCAGAUCAAUGGUCUCAUCAUCGGUCUAGCCGGCGUCGCUGCGGGAGCCUCAUUGAUAUUGGCAUAAUCGGGUAUGAAGUCGGAUGGACAUUGUAAUGGGACAUUUGUUUAGGCAUUGGACACUUCUCUUCUUUUCUCAAUCUGCAUAUUAUACCGCAUCUACCCACUACCGUGUUCAAACAUUCACUGUUGACACUUCGUUUCACUACGUAUACGUGCUUAGCACUUGACCGGUACACGAGACAUCUUGAUCAGGGCGAUUAAUACAUGGACUAGAUUUCGACGAGGUAACUUUUGAACUGGAAUGAAAACUGG